AUGAAAUUUAUUAGUAUUUCAAAAUUAUUAAGAAAUCAUAAAGAAAAAAAAGUAAGGUGGAAAUUAUUAAAUAAAAAAAUUAAAGCCAUAAUUUUUGAUAAUUGUUAAAUAAGAUAAUGA